AGAUGUACAUCUGUUUUACUUUUUCCAAAACUUCGAUUGGCUUUAGAUUUGGAACAUCGGGAUUUCAGAUGUUUUGCGUGUUUUAGUGCAUAAUUUUUGGCAACAUUUGCCGCUUUUCAGUUUGUUAGUCUGUGACCGCUCUCCGAUUGAUUGUUGCAGCUCUCUUGCAGGAUUGGAGCGAAUCAGCAGUCCAGCAGUACUUCUCUAUAGGCGAAGUUCAAAUCGGUUUCCAUUUUAGACUUUCAGUCACUUUCUGAUCACUUAGUGGCGAGCCGAGCUCCGUCGUGCUGCUUGUUAAGUUGUUAGCCAAGCCAUGAGGAUCGAAGAAGUGACCAGUACAACUAAAGCACAGCGGGUUGCGGCUCACAGCCAUGUCAAGGGACUUGGAUUGGAUGAGAACGGGAUCCCCAAAGAAAGCGGCGGAGGUCUCGUGGGUCAGCUGAAAGCUAGAGAAGCUGCUGGCAUCGUCGUGGAGUUGAUCAAAUUGAAAAAGUUAGCCGGGCGUGCUGUUCUCUUGGCUGGUCCUCCGGGAUCUGGCAAGACGGCCAUUGCUUUGGCCAUCGCCCAAGAACUUGGCUCUCGCGUGCCAUUUUGUCCAAUGGUUGGCAGUGAAGUAUUCUCGUCAGAAGUGAAGAAAACAGAGGUUCUCAUGGAGAACUUUCGUAGAGCUAUCGGGCUGCGAAUUAAAGAAGUGAAAGAGGUCUACGAAGGUGAAGUUACGGAGCUGGUACCUUUUGAAGGCGAUAAUCCCGUGGGCUAUGCAAAGACUGUGCAGCAUGUGGAAGUCAGCCUGAAGACCGCCAAAGGUGUGAAAAAGCUGAAAUUGGAUCCCUCCAUUUAUGAAAGUAUUCAAAAAGAGCGAGUUUCCAUUGGGGAUGUCAUAUAUAUUGAGUCCAACACUGGCGCUGUUAGGCGCAUGGGUCGAUGCGAUGUCUACGCCACUGAAUUCGACUUGGAAGCGGAAGAAUAUGUUCCUUUACCAAAAGGCGAUGUCCACAAGCGCAAGGAAGUUGUACAGGACGUCACGCUGCAUGAUCUCGACGCUGCAAAUGCGCGACCGCAGGGCGGGAAUGAUAUUGUCGCUAUGUUGGGUGCAUUGAGCAAGCCCAAAAAGACAGAAAUCACCGAGAAACUCCGUCGUGAAAUUGACAAAAUGGUCGAUCGUUACAUCGAGCAAGGAAUUGCUGAGUUAAUUCCCGGGGUGUUGUUCAUUGAUGAAAUCCACAUGUUAGAUUUGGAAUGCUUCACUUAUCUCCAUCGUGCACUGGAAUCUCAGAUCUCUCCUAUUGUUGUUUUUGCUAGCAACCGCGGCAAAUGUGAAGUGCGGGGUACUGAUGGUGUUGUCUCUCCUCAUGGGCUUCCACUGGAUCUUCUGAAUCGUAUCUUGAUUAUCCGCACGACAGCCUACAGUCCGGACGAGACAGCACAGAUUCUUCGUAUUCGCGCUAACGUUGAAGCUGCCAAUAUAACGGAUGAUGCUUUGAGUUAUUUGAAAGAAAUCGGAACGACUGCUUCUUUGCGAUAUGCCGUUCAGCUUAUUACUCCUGCAAAACUGCAUGCCCAGGUGCAGGGAGUCGACACCAUCGGACGGGAGAGCAUUCAAACUGUUGCCAGCUUGUUCCUGGACGCCAAAACGUCUGCCCGUAUUUUGGCCGAGAAGAAGGAAAAAUAUAUGAUGUAGCGAAGUUGCAUAAAUACGUACAAUAGAAAACCAUUAUCAGCUCCAAGUAAAUUGUGGGCCGUGGCAUUUAAAAAUUAACUUUUUUUACAGCGGGAAUUGUCAAACUGGUUACAUAUUAAAAGAACAAAAUGUUUUUUUCUGCUAAAAAAUAGCCAGCAUACAAUGUUCAAGUUUAAAACAGUAAAGCGCCCAUGCCACCCAUUUCGCUCUGUUCUUUGACAAAAAUUUCGAAAUAU